AUGACAUUUGAAAUUGAUGAAGAUUUCCUAUUUUCGCUACUCGAAUUUACAAAAAUUCAAGGUCCCAGUACACAAGAAGAAACAGAAAUACCACUUAUCGAUGGCACUUUCGACAUUCCUGAACCAAAGUCGGCGGAAGGGGACAGUCAACUAUAUUUUGAAGUCCUUCAUAUCAACCCAAUGAAACUCAAUAUAUCAUUUGUUAGGACAGAAAGAAUCAAUGUCGAAAACAAACCUGCACCUCGCAAUCCGAUCAUGUUCUUUUUCAAUAUCUUGACUAUGGCAAUUGGCAACAUAAACGACGCUCCGAUAAAACUCAACGCCCUCGUCAUGGAAAAUAUUCGUGUCAGUUUUCCUGUAUUAGUGGAUCGGAUUCGACAACAUUACGGAGAAGCCUUCAUACACAAUAUUGUUGGCUCAGCAGACUUUUUGGGCAACCCUGUUGGUCUGUUUAAUAACAUCAGCUCAGGUGUUCUAGAUAUUUUCUAUGAACCCUAUCAAGGUUUUGUCAUGAAUGACCGACCGCAAGAACUAGGAAUUGGUCUCGCAAAGGGUGCGUCGAGCUUCAUCAAGAAAACUGUGUACGGCAUUACUGACAGUUUCUCAAAGUUCACGGGAAGCAUAGGAAAAGGACUUUCCGCCGCUACAUUAGAUAAGACAUAUCAAGAUCGUAGGCGUAUGGCACAAUAUAGGAACAAACCAAAGCAUGCAUUGUAUGGAGUAACUCAAGGAGCGAACUCUUUAAUAACAAGCGUCGGGAGUGGCAUAGAGGGAUUAGUUGUAAGAACACCAAUGCAACGUUGGUUUAUUUUCAUUCUUUUUGUUUUACUAAAGUUAUAUAUCUACACAAAGCGGAAACCGAUUGAAGGGGUUGAGAAAGAAGGUGCGGCUGGGUUACUGAAAGGAUUUGGAAAAGGCAUUGUUGGAUUCGUUACGAAACCUGUCGUUGGUGUAUUUGAUAUGGCAAGCGACGUGGCAGGAGGAAUACGUAAUACGACGAAUGUAUUUGAAGAAAGUAUCGAACAAGUUCGACCUCCACGAUAUGUAGAACGAGAUGGGAUAUUGAGACCAUAUCAAGGGAAGCAGGCUCUAGGUCAAUCAUGGUUGAAAAAAUUGGAAAAUGGAAAAUACUUCACUGAUGAUUACCUGGCACAUCUUGAACUUCGAGGAGAUGAACAAGCAAUAAUGCUAACGUGUAAGCGUAUUAUGCUGGUGAAAAGCAGAAGGUUGAAAGUUGAAUGGGAAGUUAAGUUCUCAGAUCUUCAAUCAAUCAAUUUGCAGCCUAAUGGGAUAUCAUUGUUCCUUCGGGACAACACUCCUGGACCAUUUAUUCCUAUUACUGAUGCAACAAGCAAAGAAUGGUUUGAGAAAAAGAUAGAGCAAGUCGUCAACGAAUUUAAUGCAAAGAAAAAGGCUGAUGAAGAAGAAUAA